AUGUCCUCGUCACGUGAUCCACUCAGAUCUGCUGCUCCCGCGGACAUCUGCAAAAUGGAGGACCAUGAAGCUAAAGAACCAGAACAGCUCAGAAAGCUGUUUAUUGGAGGUCUGAGCUUUGAAACUACGGAGGAGAGUUUACGGGCUCAUUUUGAACAAUGGGGAACUCUCACGGACUGUGUGGUGAUGAGGGACCCCAACAGCAAGCGAUCAAGGGGGUUCGGAUUUGUAACGUACUCCUGUGUAACCGAAGUCGAUGAAGCUAUGAAAGCAAGGCCUCAUAAAGUAGAUGGCCGAGUUGUUGAACCCAAGAGGGCUGUGUCCAGAGAGGACUCCAAUAAACCUGGUGCCCAUCUGACAGUGAAGAAGAUCUUUGUUGGCGGUAUCAAGGAGGACACCGAGGAGUACCAUAUCCGCGAGUAUUUUGAGAAGUAUGGAAAAAUUGAAUGCAUCGACAUCAUGGAGGAACGCUCCACUGGGAAAAAGAGAGGAUUCUGCUUUGUGUCCUUUGAUGACCAUGACACUGUUGACAAAAUUGUUGCCCAGAAAUUCCACACAAUCAACUUCCACAAUUGUGAGGUCAGGAAAGCGCUGUCAAAACAGGAAAUGAGUGCUAUGUCCACCAACAGGGGCAGGAGCGGAGGAUCGGGAAAUUUCAUGGGGAGAGGUGGUAAUUAUGGAGGUGGUGGCAACUUUGGCCGAGGUGGCUAUGGCGGAGGACGAGGUGGUUAUAGUGACGAUUUUGAUAAUGGUCCAGGAGGAAAUUAUGGUGGAGGACCGGGUUAUGGAGGAGGCCGGGGGGGCUAUGGAGGUGGGGGUCCGGGAUAUGGUAACCAGGGUGGUGGAUUUGGGGGCAGCUGUGACGGAGGUUACGGAGGUAAUGACGGAGGAUAUGGAGGGGGUGGAAAUUACAACGACUUUGGAAAUUAUGGUGGACAGCAGUCCAACUACGGGCCCAUGAAGGGAAACAACUUUGGUGGCAGAAACUCGGGUGGACCCUACGGCGGUGGCUAUGGCUCUGGUGGCGGCGGCGGAGGUGGCUAUGGCUCACGGCGAUAUUAAUUAUUUCAUGUUUUGAUGUGGAAAGAGGCAUUCUCUUCUUGCUGAAAAUCUGUAAAGACCUGAUAACAUGGAAGGUUCUGGAUGGGUAAGACUUUUUCAAAAUAUUAUCAAAGGCUGCUCAUAUUGUAAUCUAACUGCACAUGGUGAUUAUACAAGGUGCAAGGGUUCUUUUAAGGUAAACCGAAUCAGCCUGUGACCUUCACCACACUGCUCGAACAGCAAAAUAUGUUGUUUACAUCUAUUACCUUUUACUAUCAGUCAGAUGGAGUCUGAUAAAGUUCAUAGUGAUGAAAAUGGGGGCAAUAACUCACCACACUGUUCCUAAGAAUAAACAGUAUUUAAUAUAUAUCUAUUACAAUUCAUUACACCAGUUCUGUCAUAAAUUCUACCUUUUUAUGAAGUUUAUAAUCUUCAGUUUCUGUUGACAUUGUCAGAAGUGGAUCAUACUAUACUGAGAGGUGUUUUUUGUGUCCUCCCUAUUUGUAAGUGGUCAGAAUAUUAGAAGCAGUCCACCACCUUUAACUAUGACCUCAGUGCUGAAAUAUAUAAUUAACUCCUCUAUGACAGUGUCAAAAAACUUAAUAUUGUACAUCAUAAAAGUAGAACAGUUGUAUUAGAUGGUGCUGGUGUGUAUAUACUAAUCUAUAUACCAAGCUAUCACUUACAUCAUGCAGGGUUUAAGUAUAUAGAAAUGCAUGGAAAUCAGAGGAUCCUUAACCUCACCAGUCUAAAUAAACAGAACAGUAUAAACAUAAUAGAAAAGGACUGCUAACUCUCAAGGAACUUGAUUGCCAAAGCAGGUCACGGUAGUGUAAAUAGAAAUAGUAAUAGUUAAAGUAUUUAAUUUAUUUAAAGGGAUAAAAUCAGCCCUUUGUUGAGCCAGUUUUGAAGCAAGGAGGUAAAUCACAGGGGUAUCUCACUAAAAAUACUCUAUUUGACAUGGAGUCACAUGAACAUGCAAAUCAUGGGCGAAAUGUGUCAACAGAGGAACUGUGGUCACAAGUUGAAACUAACAUACAGUGAUAAAACAAACUGUAUACCGAGUAUAGUCUUAAAUGCUAGUAAUUGGCAUGCUUUACAGGAAGUGUAAACGGUUCAUAUUACUUCAAAGGCCAAAAGCUUUUUCAUAAAGGGUUGACAUUUUGUCUACCUUGUGAGUUCAAAAUAAGUUAAGAUGUCUGGUGGGAAUUUUGUAAGGUUUCCCAAAAAAUGGGAACUACAGAGAUUCAGCUUCUGCGCUUAAAGCUUGUAAUUACUGCACUUGAUGAUGUAGCAGUUAAAUCACUUACUAUAUAUAACAUGGGAAGUUUAAACAUCUGCUUUCAUUUACAGAUCUUAAUUUUGAAAAAUUACAUUUUGAAUAAUUUAGAGAUUCAUACAUAUCAAAUGUAUUUUUAAAUGUAAUGAUGUGGGAUUUUCAAACAUGUCAAUGACCCACAUGAAAACCUACAACACAUUUAGGUUUUAUGCAUUUUAACUGUUUGAAAGAAUUACACAUGCAUUUUUAGGAUUCCAUGCGGGUCAGGUCUGCCCGCUAAUAUGUCUCUCAGCUGAAGGAUAGUGUUUCUACAGAGGAAUGCAGAAUGACCAACUCCAUGACACAGAAUAAAGCUGUGCUUGGCAAAGCACGCCAGUGUCAAUGAACUGUGUUGGCUUAAAUAGUAAGAUUUUUAGAUGUAAAAGUGUGACUUGUCCUUAAAUAAAAAUGUUUUCCAUGACUUGAGUGUUUUAU